AUGGCAUCCUCGAAGCCAGUGCUGUCGCUGCUGGUUGCAGCUCUCCUGCUGCACGUGGCCACCACGCUGAAGAUCAGCGCCUUCAACAUCAAGACAUUUGGGGACUCCAAGAUGUCCAACCAGACUGUUGCAGAUAUCAUCGUCUCUAUCCUGUCGGAGUAUGACAUCACAUUGGUGCAGGAGGUCCGGGACUCUGACCUGAGCGCUGUGCAGAAGCUCAUGGACCAGCUCAACAGCGCAUCCUCGCACCCGUACAGCUAUUUGGACAGCAUCCCCCUGGGUCGGAACAGCUACAAGGAGCAGUACGUCUUCAUCUACAGGUCAGACAUGGUCUCUGUGCUGGGAAGCUACUACUACGACGAUGGCUGCGAGUCCUGCGGGACCGAUACCUUCAGCAGGGAGCCUUUCAUCGUGAAGUUCUCCUCGCCCACCACGCAGGUGAAGGAGUUCGUGAUGGUGCCCCUGCACGCUGAGCCCAGCAGCGCGGCGGACGAGAUCGAUGCGCUCUACGACGUCUACACCGACGUCGUCGACAAGUGGGCGACUAAUGAAAUCCUAUUCCUGGGCGACUUCAACGCCGACUGCUCCUACGUGACCAGUGACCAGUGGCCGUCCGUCCGCCUGCGCUCCCUCAAUGCCUGCAAGUGGCUCAUCCCCGACAGCGCUGACAUCAACUCGGGCUCCGCCACCGUCAACAACUUCCAGGCGGCUUUCCACCUCCAGAACAAGGAUGCUUUGGCCGUCAGCGACCAUUUCCCGGUGGAGGUGACCCUGAAAGCCAGCUGA